AUGUUCCCAUUCAUUGCAAGGCAAGUCUGGUCAUGCUUUUGUGCCGCAACUGCCUUUGCUGCCACUGUCGAGGCUAUAACGCCUCCUAUCGUAGCCAAGGGCCCUGCAUGUGUUACCAACAAUGGAGCCGUCCAAGUCACGGCUGACUGCGUUGAUUCCACUUAUAACACAGCCAUCAUUGACGCUGAGCAAGACUUCGCUACUCCCGUCGCACACCGGAGGGUUUCAGGGCACUUCAGUGAAACCAAUAUCGACUUCAAUAUCUACCUUCCAAAGUCUGGGUGGGAUGGAAGGUUUUUUCAGCUGGUCUACCCUCUGCAGAACUCGACUGCUGAAGACCACGAGAUUGGCUUCGGUGCCGACAGCGGCGGGUAUACUAACCAUGUAGCUGGAGGUGGAGGCUAUCGUGCUGAUGCUGCCGUGGCCAAGUUGUCGCGAACUAUUGCUGCUAGGUAUUAUCAGUCUGAUCGAAAGAUCUAUGGCUACAUCUAUGGCGCCAGCGGUGGUUCCAUGGUUACCGUUGGGGCUGUUGAGAAUACCUUCGACGUUUGGCAAGGUGCUAUUCCUAUAGUCCAGGCUAUUACUGUCUCCAAUCCAAACAACUUUUGCAUCCGUGCAAUGGCAAGUCUCGUCCUAGAGUCACAAAAAGAGGAGAUCCGAGACUCGGUCCGCCCUGGAGGGGAUGGUAACCCUUUUAGUCACUUGAAUGCACUUGGAAAGAAGGUCCUCACCGAGGUCACUGAGCUUGGCCUCGUACUAGAAUCAUUCGAGGAUUGGGAGGGCCUCGCUGGGAACAGGACAAACUUCCUACGGACCUUCCGAGUUCUGGUCCCUCCCACGAUUGCCGGCUUUGAUCCGACCUAUGUCAACGACUUUUGGACAAAGGAUGGAUAUCUUGGAACUGAAAAGUCCGACCUCGGUGACUUUUACCGCAAGGCUGCCGUCGAAUUCAACACGACAGUCAAUUCGGUUGUGAUUGAUUCAGCGAAAGUCCCUGUCGCUCUUACUCUCGCCAAAGCUCCUUCAACCCUACCGGCUUACGGGCUUCAGGCCACUAUCAAGUCGGGGGAUGGUAAAUCGGCUCUCGGACAGUUCACCAUACAAAUUGCAAAGGGCUCUCGGACUGCUGAGAUCGACCCCGGUCAGAACACAACUGUUCUUGCCAUGAUCUCCAAGGGUUCUCGGAUCCAGGUUGACAACCAGGCAUGGUUAGCAGGUUCUGCAUACCAUAGAUACCAAGUUCCCACUCAGUCAGACCUCUACGGAUAUGAUUAUCUUCGCAAGGCCGAUGGAACAGCCAAGUACCCCCAGCGUAACGUACUGAUCGGUCCUACCAUCGCUCGUGCUGCUAGUGGUGGGGCCACCUUUACUGGCAAUAUCACUAACAAGGUGAUAAUUAUGGAUUCGCUAAAGGACUUUGAUGCAUUCCCAUGGCACGCCGAUUGGUACAGGACAGAAGUCAAGAAAGCCCUCGGUGAUCGAUUCGGUCAGAAUUUCAGACUGUACUAUACUGCAAAUGCCGAUCACUACCUGGAGCCGGUGCCCCAGGAUCAGCUGACCCGGAUCGUCUCCUACCAUCCCGCUUACGAACAGCAUCUCAGAGACUUGAGUGCUUGGGUUGAGAAGGGGAAACAGCCACCUGCUGAAACAUCAUACUCUGUCGGCCAUGGACAGGUCAAGGUUCCUGCCAGCGCGGCCCAACGCAAGGGUAUUCAGCCCAUUGUGGACCUGACGGUGAGUGGCAAGACACAAAUAGUCACCAAGGCGAGACAAGUCGUCUCCUUCAAGGCUCACAUCGAAGUUCCUCCGGGCACUGGGUCUGUUACGUCUGUCGAAUGGGAUUUUGAAGGAACUGGGGAUUUUGAAGCAGCUGGAAGCUUUAAGAAGGGCAAAGCUGUCUUGGAUGUGGCGGCUUCUCGAUCGUACCAAACGCGAGGCACUUAUUUUGCCGCUGUUCGUGUCACUUCCAACCGUAAUGGAGAUGCCAAUACGGCUUAUGCUCAGGUUGCCAACCUUGGUCGUGUUAGGGUAGUUGUAAACUAG